AUGGCAUCCUCUUCUUCUUCUUCUUCCUCCUCCUCAUCUACAGGAAAAAAGCCUCUACGCUUAGCGAUCAUCGGCUCAGGCAACUGGGGAAGCGCCAUCGCUCGCAUCGCCGGCAACAACCUCCUCCAAUAUCCGGAUCUCUUCAUCGAAGAGGUGCGCAUGUAUGUGCACCAGGAAGAAAUCGAUGGAGAGAAGCUCACAGACAUAAUCAAUACACGUCACGAGAAUGUCAAGUACCUUCCCGGCAUUAAGCUGCCGGACAAUGUCAAGGCAGUGGAUUCGGCAGAGGAGGCGGCACGAGAUGCAGAUCUGCUCAUCUUUGUCCUACCGCAUCAGUUCAUUGAGAGUGUAUGCAAGAGCUUGAAGGGCAAAGUGGCCAAGAACGCCAGGGCGAUAUCGAUGAUCAAGGGAGUAGAGGUCAAGAACGGGAAGAUCAGGAUCUUCGCAGAUGUCAUCGAGGAGAUUCUGGGGUGCAAGUGUGCUGCGCUGAGUGGAGCCAACAUUGCCAACGAGGUCGCCGAAGACAAAUUCUCAGAAACUACCAUUGGCUACCGUCCGGGCGAUCUGGCCACGGCAGAGCGAUUUCUCAAGGUCUUUGAUACCCCCACUUUCCGUGUGGGGUUGGUCGAGGACGUAGCCGGGGUGAGCCUGUGCGGAGCUUUGAAGAAUGUAGUGGCCAUUGCUGCUGGAUUCACAGAUGGACUGGGCUGGGGAAGCAACGCCAAGGCGGCUGUGAUGCGGAUUGGCCUGAUGGAAAUGAAGCGCUUCGCAGAGGAGUUCUUCGAGGGCGUCAAGCCAGAAACAUUCACCGAGACCAGUGCAGGAAUUGCCGACUUGAUCACCACCUGCUACGGCGGCCGCAAUCGCAAAUGCGCCGAGGCAUUCGUCACCACCGGCAAGCCCUUUGACGUCCUGGAGCGGGAGCUGCUCAACGGUCAGAAACUCCAAGGGACAGAGACGGCCAAGGAAGUGUAUGAGUUUCUCAAGGCGAGGGGAAAACAGGACGAGUAUCCGCUAUUCAGGAGCGUGUACUCGAUUGCUUACCAGGGUGGGGAAGUGGUGAAUUUGACGAGUCGACUUUGA